CAGCACGCGCCGCCAUAUUGGGAAGGCGCCGCCGCCGCUGCCUCCGCUUGGGAUCCUGGGUUGAGUGGGGCCACGGCUGCGGGCAGGAAGGCGCCGUUAGUACGCAGCCGUCGCCUGGCCCUCCCGCAUUGCUGCGACCCGUCUCCCCAUGACUGCCUUCGGCCCCGCAGCCGCCGGAAGUUGCUCAAGCGGCGGGAUUUAACACGGAAGCCCCGGUCGCCGGGGCGGUGAGGGAGCUGCAGGGACAGCCGGCCGGUCCCGCGUCCCUGUCUGUCGGGCGCGGCGCCUUGGCCGGAGCCAUGACCUCGCUGACCCAGCGCAGCUCGGGCCUGGUGCAGCGGCGCACCGAGGCCUCGCGGAACGCUGCGGACAAGGAGCGGGCGGCGGGCGGCGGCGCCGGCGGCGGCAGCGGAGAGGACGAGACGCAGGGCCGCCGCGACGAGCAGGAUGACGACGACAAGGGCGACUCCAAGGAAACGCGACUGACCCUGAUGGAGGAGGUGCUCCUCCUGGGCCUCAAGGACCGAGAGGGUUAUACAUCAUUCUGGAAUGACUGCAUAUCAUCUGGAUUACGUGGCUGUAUGUUAAUUGAAUUAGCCUUGAGGGGAAGGUUACAGCUAGAGGCUUGUGGAAUGAGACGGAAAAGUCUUUUAACCAGAAAGGUGAUCUGUAAAUCGGAUGCUCCAACAGGGGAUGUUCUUCUUGACGAAGCUCUAAAGCAUGUUAAGGAGACUCAGCCUCCAGAAACGGUCCAGAACUGGAUUGAGUUACUUAGCGGUGAGACAUGGAAUCCAUUAAAAUUGCAUUAUCAGUUAAGAAAUGUACGGGAACGAUUAGCUAAGAACCUGGUAGAAAAGGGUGUGCUGACAACAGAGAAACAGAACUUCCUACUAUUUGACAUGACGACACAUCCUCUCACCAAUAACAACAUUAAGCAGCGCCUCAUCAAGAAGGUACAAGAGGCUGUUCUUGACAAAUGGGUAAAUGACCCUCACCGCAUGGACAAGCGCUUGCUGGCCCUCAUUUACCUAGCCCAUGCCUCGGAUGUCCUGGAGAAUGCUUUUGCACCCCUUCUGGACGAGCAGUAUGAUUUAGCCACCAAGAGAGUACGGCAGCUUCUCGACUUAGAUCCAGAAGUGGAGUGUCUGAAGGCCAGUACCAAUGAGGUUCUGUGGGCCGUGGUGGCUGCAUUUACCAAGUAACUGUCAGAAUGUUUCCUUCCUCUCAUGUGAACCAGUAGUUUUUCUUCUAUUGACUUCUGGUUUUCUGUAAUUUGUACUUUCCCACACUAAUAAUUGGCUUUUGUUCUACAAAGUGGUGGGUGGCUAUUUCUUUUUUAUGUAUGCAGGAUUCUGCUGGCACGAGAGGCCUUCCUCUUUCUGUUUUUAACAACUCUUGCUGCCAUAUUGGCAUUCCAUCCCCGUUGCUAUUUCUCACUGUUACCUGUUUUAGGUACUUUUAGAGUACCUCUAGUCACCUCACAUGCACAGCUUUUGGAUUACCUCAGUUUGAGUUUUCCUGUAUGUGCAUAUCUGGCCUUCUGCCUACAAUUCAGACAAGUCACAACAAGGCCUUCAACUCACCAAAGGUAAAUAUCUGUAUCUAUUAGGACAUUUUAUACAUAGACCUCAGUUGAGAUGUAUACUUAGCAAAAUUAUUUUUAAAUUGAAAUAGCACAGUAAAUACUUAAUAUAAAAUGCCCCUUGGAUUUUUGCUUCCCAUGUAAAUCUGUUGUAUUAUUACACUUGUUAUAAUUUUAACUAUUAAAUCAUAAAGGUCCAGUAGUUUCAGAAAGCCAGUUGGAAUGGGCUACAUUCCAGUUAUGUAUAUAGUUCGAAUUAUACAUAAAUUGCCCUUCUCAGGCCACCCCUGCCCCAUCUUAGUAUUUUGCAAAAUCUAAUUAGCUGUAUACCUGGCACCCUCAACUAGGUCAGUCAUUGUUACUUGAUGCAGAGUAGACCCCUUCAUCAGUGAGGGAGAAAAAAUGUGGUUCAUCCAGGAUCUUUCUGACUGAGCCGGUCAUAGUAGUCUUUGCCUAUGCAUCUAGUUUUGGGCUUUCAUUUCUCUCUCUCUCUCUCUCUCUCUCUCUCUCUCUCUCUCUCUCUCU